AUGACAGAUCUUAAGCAUCCUGAAGAGUCCCUGGCACAGGAGGUGAAUGCCAGUGAUGAGAAUACUUUGGAGCGUCUAGGAUAUAAACAAGUUCUUCACCGCAGCUAUUCACUUUUUGAAAAUUUCUCAACUUCGUUCGCCGCCCUUUAUUUCGUUGGUGGUGUCCGAGUGACAUUUACAACUGGUAUCGCAGCUGGAGGACCACUGGCCUAUUGGACGAGUUACAUUAUAACCUGUGUGUUUACAUUCAUCACAGCAGCUGUGAUUGCAGAAGCAUGUUCGGCAUCUCCAUCGGCUGGUUCGAUUUAUCUCUGGGCUGCGGAGGCAGGUGGUAAAAGAUUUGGGCGACUCUUUGGCUUCAUUGUGGCCUGGUGGAGCACAACAGCUUGGACAACCUUUUGCGCCAGCAAUACCCAGUCAGCUGUGAACUACAUGCUCUCGGAACUGGCUGUUUUCAAUGUCGACUUCCCCACUGAUGUCUCAAAUAUCAAGUUUCGCGCUGUCCAAUGGAUAUGCACCGAAAUCCUCCUGGCUUUAGCCGCAUUGAUGAACCUCGCAUCUGCGCGGGUAUUCAAAUAUGUGUUUUGGUUCUCCACCGGUGCUGUCUUUCUGGACUUCAUAUUGAACGUCAUUUGGCUUCCAAUCGGUGCGCACAACACCUUCGGCCUGCGGACUGCUAAUGAAGCUUUCAUGACUACAUAUAACGGAACGGGAGCUCCAGCUGGUUGGAACUGGUGUCUUUCAUAUUUGGCGACAGCAGGUAUUCUGAUCGGAUUUGAUGCCUCCGGUCAUGUUGCCGAAGAGACAAAGAAUGCCGCCGUCAAUGCCGCCAAGGGUAUCUUCUGGAGUACAGUUGUCAGUGGCGUUCUUGGCUUCUCUGCCGUGAUCUUAUUCCUUUUCACUUCACCGCCAAUCGAUGUUCUUUUCUCAUAUGACGCACCCCAACCUUUCGUGCCCUUGUAUGCUGCACUUCUAGGCGAGGGUGGACAUAUUGUUAUGAAUGUUCUCUCGGUUGUAGCUCUAUGGCUGAAUACCGCCAUCGCCAUUACAGCAGCCUCCCGUCUUGUUUUCGCCGUCGCCCGUGACGGAGUACUCCCACUAUCUGGAUGGGUAUCACGGGUCUCUGCGGAGGGUCAGCCUAGGAACGCAGUCCUUGUUGUGUGGGGCGUGGCGGCAGUUAUUACCUGCACCAUCCUGCCGUCCGCGGUGGCAUUUACUUCUCUGGUCUCAGCCGCGGGUGUUCCUUCAGCUGCGGCAUACGGGCUCAUUAGCCUUGGAAGGUUGACUUUGACCUCCGGUGAGAAGCUUGAGGCGAAAUGGUCUCUCGGGCGACUAAGCAAGCCAUUCCAAUUUAUCUCGGUUUUGUGGAAUGGCUGGGUUGUCGCGGUACUCUUCUCGCCAUAUUCGUUUCCCGUUGAGGCAUCUACUCUAAAUUAUGCGCCAAUUAUCCUAGGUAUCGUGACUAUCUUCGCACUCAUCUCAUGGUUCUUCACCCCGGCUACAGCGUGGGUACCGCGGGGCCGGCUUUCCCGUCCAGUUGAGCAUACGGAAUGA